AUGGCUUUUGACAGCAACAGCAACAGCAACUGCAACAGCAACAGCAACAGCAACAGCAACUGCAGCAGCAAUCGCUACACCACUACCAACAACAAGAAGAAGAGGACCAGCAGCAAUACACACCGAACUACAACUCCUGCGACUCCACACAGCAGGAGCCGCCGCACGGACCCGCCCAUCACGUCGACGAUUCGCCGCCACGCGAGUCUCACGCCCGCAACGUCUGCCACCGCCGCCGCCGCGUCCAACGCCGCGAACCGGCGCUACAGUCUCGACCAGACGCCCGCGUCGUCGAUCAUCUACUGCGACGGCUACGCCCGCGUCAAGCGGCGGAAUGCGCUGACGUGGACCACGCGCUUCCUCGUCCUCACGCACACGGACCUCUUGGUGUUCCACAACAAACAGGACGCCAGUCACCGGCGCAACGUGAUCGAGUCGCUGGUGCUCGCGAGCGGCCGCAUGGCGCCCAAACACGACCUCACGCUCGAGUUUACACUGGCGGACGGGCGCCAAGUGCUCGGCCGCGUGUUUAGCCGCGCCGACCAAUUGCAGUGGGUCACGGCGUGUUACCAGGUGGCCAUGCGGAGCGACGUCGUGCGGCGCCCCACGAGCGCGUCGAUGGACGCAGCAGACCCCAAGAAGGCCGUCGAGCAGCGCCGCGUGUCGUUCUUUGGCAGCGUCAAAGUGCGCACGAUCCCGACGGUCCCAGACGAGCAGGUGCUCGAGCUCUUUUACAGUAAACAGGACGUGGAGAAGUUUUCGGCCCAGGCCGCGAGUCUGCGCCUGCGCACGGAAGACGCCGUGUCGCUCGUGUUCCACAAACCGCUGCUGGCCUGGCGGCGACAGCUGGUCUAA